AUGGAUCAAAGCAAUCCUUCACUCGGUCAUCAGCAUUAUGAUGCCUACUCUGUUAGAUCUCCUUCUCUUGCAUCACCACGUAUUCAUCCAACAUCACCAGGUCAAUACAUGGUCUCUGGUGGUGGUGGUCGAUCAACACCCAAUUUCCGCAAAAUGGCCCUGACGCAACAGCAUCAUCCUAUUGUUGCAGAUUCUUCAUCAAGUCGAACACAGCAUGUGUACAUGGCCAACCCAGCAAUACAUGAUAAUGUGCCACCUAUGCCAUCUAUGCAUCCCAUUUACAUGUCACCAUCCACCACCCCGCAUCAUCGACAGCACCCUACUAUGGCUGCUUCAUCACCAGCAAUGACAGCUACACCACCACCUGCCGCUGCUCAUCGUCAUCACCACCAUCAUCAUCAUCACCAUCAUAAUCAUGCAACAUCGUAUCAUCGCCAUCAACAAAGUUACUCCAUGCCUUCAUCUCGACGCAAUGAUCCAACAAAAAGAACAAAGCGAGUGCCAUUAUACAAGGGCAAUUUGGUGAUUGAAUGCCCUGUGCCAUCACGACUCAUGCAUGCCAACCCACGCAAAGAUACAGAAUUCAGCCACAUGCGUUAUUCAGCAGUAACAUGCGAUCCAGAUGAUUUUGCCAGAUCACGUUACACCUUGCGUCCUCGUCUUAUGAAUCGUCAAACGGAGUUAUUUAUCGUGAUGACCAUGUACAAUGAAGAUCGCGAGUUGUUUUGUCGAACCAUGCAUGGUGUCAUGAAAAAUAUAGCCCAUCUAUGCUCAAGAACACGUUCUCAAAUGUGGGAUACCGAAGGAUGGAAAAAGGUGGUUGUAUGUAUAGUUGCCGAUGGCCGAAACAAGUGCGAUCCCGAUGUCUUGAAUGUGCUUGCAGCUAUGGGUGUCUACCAAAGAGGCGUUGCCAAAAAUAUGGUGAAUGACAAGGCUGUCAAGGCUCAUUUGUACGAGUACACAGUUCAAGUAUCGGUGGAUCCGGAUAUGCGCAUCAAAGGUGCUGAAAGAGGCAUUGUGCCAGUGCAAAUCCUCUUUUGUCUCAAGGAGCAAAAUGCAAAAAAGAUCAAUUCCCAUCGUUGGUUCUUCAAUGCUUUCGGCCCGAUUCUCCAGCCGAAUGUGUGUGUCUUGUUGGAUGUGGGGACAAGGCCUGGCAACACAUCCAUCUACCAUAUCUGGAAAACCUUUGAUUUGAAUGCUACCAUUGCAGGGGCUUGUGGUGAGAUACGUGUGCAAACCAAAGGUGGUAUGGCAUUGUUGAAUCCUUUGGUGGCAGCACAAAACUUUGAAUACAAAAUGUCCAACAUCCUUGACAAGCCGCUUGAAUCCGUGUUUGGGUACAUCUCCGUACUACCAGGUGCAUUUUCGGCCUAUCGAUAUGCUGCUCUUCAAAAUGAUUGCCAUGGAAACGGUCCAUUGCAAAAGUACUUUUUGGGUGAACAUGGUGUAUCAGCAUCCUCUGAUAUCUUCACCGCCAAUAUGUAUCUUGCUGAGGAUCGUAUCUUAUGUUUUGAAUUGCUGGCAAAGAAACAUGAAAAAUGGGUGCUCAAAUAUGUACAGUCUGCAUUUGGUGAAACGGAUUGCCCUGAUCAACUUCCUGAAUUCCUCUCCCAACGACGUCGUUGGUUGAAUGGGAGCUUUUUUGCUGCCAUUUAUUCCACGUGCCAUUUUCAUCGUGUAUGGAGCACGAGUCAUUCGGUGGCAAGGAAGCUAAUGUUGACUGUGCAAUUUGCAUUCAACUUUGCCAACCUUGUUUUCAAUUGGCUAGGCAUGGCCAACUUUUAUUUGACAUGCUACUUUGUCAGCAAAUCACUUUCACCCCCUGAUAUGGAUCCCAUUGGCAAUCGAUGGGGUGAACGCAUUUUCGAAUCCUUACGGUACCUGUACAUCUUUUUAUUCAUCGUUUCUUUUAUAUGCUCGAUGGGAAAUCGACCCCAAGGGUCCAAGUGGAUGUUUGUGGUCUCUGUGUUGGCGUAUGCAGUUAUCAUGGGCUAUACCAUUUUUGCUGGUGGAUGGCUUAUGCGACAAAGCAUUGUCAAGGGCAUGCAGGAAGCAGGAUGGAGCCAAGACAACAAUGCAAUGAUAAAUCUUGGGAUUCUUAUCGGCGAAGCUGAAUUCCGAAACAUCUUUAUAUCGACGAUUUCGACGUAUGGGCUAUACAUUUUGUCAAGCUUGCUUUAUCUUGAUCCAUGGCAUAUGAUUACGAGCGUGAUCCAAUAUCUCCUCCUGCUACCCACCUAUGUCAAUAUCCUCAAUGUAUACGCCUUUUGCAACACCCAUGAUGUGAGCUGGGGUACCAAGGGUGAUAAUUCAUUACCGAUGGACCUUGGUGUAGCGAGUAAACCAGUCAACACAGAGAAAGGAAUCGAGGAAGUGGAGGUGGAAAUGGCGGAGGAACAAGAAAUGAUUGACAAGUAUUAUGACGCCGCUUUACAAAACCUGCAAAUCAAGCAAGACAUUGUAACACAGAGCCGACCGCCUCAUAUGAAGCAAGAUGAUUAUUAUCGUGGAUUCAGGACCAGGCUUGUUUUGGCCUGGAUAGGAUGCAACGCAUUGUUGGUUGCCUUUGUCACGAGCGGAAGUUUUCGAUCCUUCUUAUCCACCGAUGAUCAAACGGAGGAAGAAUAUAUGCGAGAGGUGUCCAUGUCAUACACGGGUGUUGUGUUGUGGACCGUGGCAGCCAUGUCAGCCUUUAGAUUCUUUGGUAGUAUGAUGUACCUUUUAUUACGUUGUUUCCGGUUGUAA